CUGCGCUAAAAACUAUAAAUAAUUACGAAUUUUUUCCCUUUCAUUCAAUUUAAUGCAUUAAAAAGCCACAAAAAUGUCUUUAAAAACAACAGACAAAUGUCGCCUGUGCUUGGUGGAAACAGAAAUACCAAAAACCUAUGAAUUGUUUAAGAACAAUGAUGGCGUAGCGUUUAAAACAGAAGUGGAUCAAAAUGAUGAAUUUACCAAUUUGAAACUGUACGAAAAAGUGGAAUAUUGUUGCGGUGUAAGGCUGCACAAUAAGAAACAAAUGCCCACACGAAUUUGUGGCAAAUGCUUCAACACGGUACACAUGUGGUUUAACUUUCGCCAAAUGUGCUACAAUUCACAAGUGUUUUUGACCACACAGAGCCAGGAAGUUGUGGACAUAGAUCAGGAACUGGAAGAUCUACAAACAAUACGUACAAAAUUAAAUAACAAGAAAACUGCAGAUAUAAUUGAGUGCCUAGAAGCGGACAGUGAAGUGGGCAUAAUAUAUGAGGAUGUGGACGAUGAUGCUGAUGAUAAUAAUAAUGAUGAUGGUGAUUAUUUGGAUAACCAUUUUGAAGUAGAUGGUGAUGAUGAAAACGAUAAUGAUCACCAAGCUGUCAAAAAUGAUCAUGUUACGAAACAGGAGUUAGACAUGGGGAAUUGUAAAUUGGAAAAUAUGGCGGAAUUUAUUAAAGACAAUGGUGAUCUCUUGGAGGCCCUAACAACCGAUGAUUACAAUGAAGCCUUGGCUUACCUUAAUGCAGAGGAUGAUGAUGAGCUGGAAGAGUUUAUAGAUCACUGUGCCACCAAGAAUAUCUCGAUAAGGCAAUUAAAUGCUAAAGCUAUGACAAAAUAUAAACCGAAAAUAGGUAAACCGAAGCCAAAACCCGUUAUAAAAGAGGAAAAAAGUCAAAAGACAAUUAAGUUGCCGAAACCCUCCACAUUUAUGUGUAAUAUCUGUGGUAAUGUUUACAGCAAGAAACCAUUGUUUCAGCAUCAUAUGCGCAUGCAUUCCGACGUUAAGCCUUAUCAAUGCGAACUUUGCGAUAAAUCUUAUCGUAUUAUGAGUGAUUUGAGAAAUCAUAUGUAUCGUCAUACUGGAGAAAAACCAUUUAAGUGUAAAUAUUGUGAUCGCCAUUUCAUGGAUCGCAGUUCCCGCCACAGACAUGAAAGAAUUCAUACAAAUUCAAGGCCAUACAAAUGUAAUAUAUGCACGAAGAGUUUCUCUUAUUCGGCAAUAUUGAAAAAUCAUUUGAAAUUGCAUUCGGGAGAAAAGGAUUAUAUCUGCUCAAUUUGCAAUAAAUCCUUUACAUUGGCUCAUCAACUGAAAGCUCAUAUGCUAACAAUAUCGCAUAAACAAAAAGAGGCCGCAUUUGAAGCAUCUGGCUAUAAGAUUCUCUAUGAAACAGCUGUUGAUAUUUAAUUUAGGAUCAAA